UCAUUUUGGGGAGGUGGCUUUCCUUCCAGAUCUCGCUGCACAUCUCUUCUGUCACUCUUUCAUUUUCUCUCUCUUCUGUCCCUUCUUCUUCUCUCUCUUCUGUCACUUGUUCCUCUCUCUCUCAUCAACUGGAGCCUUGCGGGUAGAUAUCCAUUACUUCUUACUGUGACCUAUUGACUUCAUCACUAGCUCCUUGAUUUUCUUGGGAAUUUCGAUUUUCUAUCUUUCAACGAUUGGUUUACUUCUUUCAUUUUCUCUGGUUAUUUAUUAAGUGAGCUGAGCAAAGUUAGUGCCAUUGUCUGCAGAGGUUUUUGAUAAGCCAUGGCUGGAGCUGCUGGCGGGUUUGUUACACGGUCUUUCGAAUGGAUGCUAAAGGAGUGCUCGGGAAAGAAGUAUGGAGGGCUUCAGAAGGCUCUUCAGACAUAUAUAGACACUACAAAGGAAAUCAAUCGCCAGUCCUUCUCAACUGAAAAAAACCACACUACAAUCUUGGCUGGGAAUGACAAUAUACCCUCAAAAGCAAGCAACAUCGAUGAGGCUGAAGUCACAAAAGAUGGUAUCAAUUCAGAUGGCUCCCAACCUGUGGUAGCUAUGAUAGAGGCGGUUGAUGAAUCAAGUUGUAGCUCAAGGACUGGUGAAGUUGUUACCAUGACGAUAGCAAGUGCUGGUCAUACCUUAGAAGGUGCUGAAUCGGAGCUUGUCCUACAACCACUCCGACUGGCAUUUGAGACAAAGAAUGUAAAGCUCGUGGAGCUUGCAUUGGAUUGCCUUCAUAAACUCAUUGCUUAUGAUCAUUUGGAAGGUGAUCCUGGUUUAGAGGGGGGUAAAAGUUCUCCACUAUUUACUGAUAUCCUCAACACAGUGUGUGGUUGCAUUGACAAUUCUUCUUCUGAUAGUACUGUUUUGCAAGUGUUAAAGGUUCUUCUAACUGCUGUUGCAUCAACAAAAUUUAGAGUUCAUGGGGAAUGCCUGUUGGGUGUGAUCAGAGUAUGUUAUAAUAUAGCUCUUAACAGCAAGAGCCCUAUAAAUCAAGCAACAUCAAAGGCAAUGUUGACCCAGAUGAUCAGCAUCAUUUUUAGAAGAAUGGAAUCUGAUCAGAAUCAGAGUGUUGUUUCUCAGAGUACGGAGAAAAGAAUCCUAGCUGCUCUUUCUGCAUCUGAUGGUGCUGAGCAUCCAAAUGAAACCUCAGAUAACAGCCUAAACACAGGAAAAGAAAUUUCCAUGGAAGACCAAGAUGCAAAUAAUAGUACUUUGGGUGAUGCUCUUUCCAUGGGCCAAUCAAAAGAUACUUCUCUUCUAUCUGUCGAAGAACUCCAGCAGCUUGCUGGUGGUACUGAUAUCAAGGGUCUAGAGGCUGUUCUUGACAAGGCAGUUCAUCUUGAGGACGGAAAAAAGAUAUCAAGGGGAAUUGAUCUUGAAAGCAUGAGUAUAGGGCAACGCGAUGCUUUAUUGCUUUUUCGUACUCUUUGCAAGAUGGGUAUGAAGGAAGAGAAUGAUGAAAUUGCUAUGAAGACACGGCUUUUGUCUCUUGAACUUCUCCAGGGCUUAUUGGAAGGAGUGAGCCAAUCUUUUACGAAGAACUUCCAUUUCAUAGAUUCUGUCAAGGCAUAUCUUUCUUAUGCUUUGCUCCGUGCAUCAGUUUCCUCAUCCCCUGCAGUAUUUCAGUAUGCAACUGGAAUCUUCACUGUGCUUUUACUGCGAUUCAGGGAGAGUCUAAAGGGGGAAAUUGGAGUGUUCUUUCCCUUGAUAAUCUUACGGUCCCUUGAUAGCUCUGAUAGUCCUCUUCACCAAAGGACUAGUGUUCUCAGGAUGCUGGAGAAGGUAUGCAAGGAUCCUCAGAUGCUUGCUGAUAUAUUUGUGAACUAUGAUUGUGAUUUGGAGGCAGCUAAUCUGUUUGAACGCAUGGUAAAUGCUCUGUCAAAGAUAGCCCAAGGGACUUUGCAUGCAGAUCCAAACACCGCUGCUUCAUCUCAGACCACAUCUACAAAGGCUUCGUCAUUACAGUGCCUUGUAAAUGUAUUAAAAUCACUUGUUGAAUGGGAGAGGUUGUGUCGAGAAUCUACUGAACAUUCAAGCAGCUUGCCGUACGCAGAUGAUGAGGUUUUCUUACGAAAUGAUACUAAAAUAGAUGAGAUGAAAAGCAGGGAUGAUGUUACCAGUCAUUUUGAAAAGGCUAAGGCCCACAAGUCAACUAUGGAAGCUGCUAUCUCAGAGUUCAACAGGAGACCUGCGAAGGGCAUAGAAUACCUAGUUUCAAAUAAUUUGGUUCAGAACAGCCCUGCUUCUGUUGCCCAAUUUCUUAGGAAUACUCCUGGUUUGGAUAAGGGAAUGAUUGGUGAUUAUUUGGGUCAACAUGAGGAAUUUCCCCUAGCUGUCAUGCACGCGUAUGUCGAUUCAAUGAAAUUUUCUGGACUGAAGUUUGAUGCCGCAGUACGUGAGUUCCUUAGAGGCUUUCGACUUCCCGGGGAAGCACAGAAGAUUGACCGUAUCAUGGAAAAGUUUGCUGAGCGUUACUGUGCUGAUAACCCAGGACUUUUCAAGAAUGCAGAUACGGCAUAUAUUCUUGCAUAUGCUGUAAUAAUGUUGAAUACUGAUGCGCACAAUCCAAUGGUGUGGCCUAAAAUGUCUAAAUCAGAUUUCAUACGCAUGAACACUGUAGCUGAUGCAGAUGAAUGUGCUCCAAAGGAGCUGCUAGAGGAGAUAUAUGAUUCUAUAGUCAAGGAGGAAAUAAAAAUGAAGGAUGAUGACAUUGGUGGAAGCAGAAACAGCAGAGCUAGGCCCGAAUCAGAGGAGAGAGGCCGUCUUGUCAGUAUUCUGAAUCUGGCUCUUCCUAGAAGGAAAGCGACUAAUGAUUCUAAAAAAGAAAGUGAUAAUAUUGUUAAACACACUCAGGAAUUCUUCAAAAAGCAAGGGGGUAAAAGAGGUGUCUUUUACACUGCUCACCAGAUUGAACUUGUAAGGCCCAUGCUUGAAGCUGUGGGAUGGCCAUUGCUGGCUGCAUUUUCUGUCACCAUGGAAGAUAGUGAUAAUAAACCAAGAGUUCUUCUUUGUAUGGAGGGAUUUAGAUCAGGAAUACAUCUUGCACGUGUUCUUGGAAUGGAUACCAUGCGUUAUGCUUUUUUGACUUCACUAGUGAGAUUUACCUUUUUGCAUGCUCCAAAAGAUAUGCGAAGUAAAAACGUAGAGGCUUUGAGGACUCUGCUCCUUUUGUGUGAUGUGGAAACAGAAUCGUUACAGGACACAUGGAAUGCGGUUUUGGAAUGUGUUUCAAGGCUGGAAUAUAUCACUUCAACCCCAUCUAUUGCUGCAACAGUAAUGCAGGGCUCAAAUCAAAUCUCAAGAGAUUCUGUUCUUCUGUCUCUUAGAGAGUUGGCAGGGAAACCAUCUGAACAAGUAUUUCUAAACAGUGUGAAGUUGCCGAGUGAUUCAGUUGUGGAGUUUUUUACAGCCCUAUGUGGCGUAUCUGCAGAAGAACUUAAGCAAACACCUGCUCGAGUUUUCAGCUUGCAAAAACUUGUUGAAAUCAGUUACUAUAAUAUGGCUCGGAUACGGAUGGUAUGGGCGCGAAUAUGGUCUGUUCUGUCUGUCCAAUUUAUUACUGCUGGAAGCCACCAUGAUGAGAAAAUCGCGAUGUAUGCUAUUGAUUCACUUAGGCAGCUUGGUAUGAAGUACCUGGAGCGCGCAGAGCUAACCAACUUCACUUUUCAGAAUGACAUCUUGAAGCCUUUUGUUGUUCUCAUGCGUAAUAGCCGUAGUGAAUCUAUACGCAGUCUAAUUGUUGACUGCAUUGUCCAAAUGAUAAAAUCUAAGGUUGGAAGCAUAAAGUCUGGCUGGCGAAGUGUGUUUAUGAUUUUUACUGCAGCUGCUGAUGAUGAAAUAGAGCCUAUUGUUGAAAGUGCUUUCGAAAAUGUGGAGCAAGUUAUCCUGGAACACUUUGAUCAGGUGGUUGGGGAUUGCUUUAUGGACUGUGUUAAUUGUCUUAUUGGGUUUGCUAAUAAUAAAAGUUCCCCAAGGAUCAGUUUGAAGGCUAUUGCUCUUCUUCGUAUAUGUGAAGACCGUCUUGCGGAGGGUCUGAUCCCAGGUGGUGCUCUUAAACCGGUUGAUGUGGGUGGGGAUCCUAAUUUUGAUGUAACGGAGCAUUAUUGGUUUCCAAUGUUGGCGGGCCUGUCUGAUCUAACAUCUGAUCCUAGAGUGGAGGUCAGAAACUGUGCACUUGAGGUUCUGUUUGAUUUGCUGAAUGAGAGAGGCCACAAAUUCUCCUCUGCCUUCUGGGCGAACAUCUUCCACCGUGUUCUCUUUCCCAUCUUUGAUCAUGUCAGGCAUGUUGGAAGAGAUGGUUUUUCUGCUGGUGAUGAGUGGCUCCCUGAAACUAGCAUUCAUUCUCUACAACUCCUCUGCAACCUUUUCAACAGUUUCUACAAGGAGGUCUCUUUCUUGUUGCCUUCAUUACUAGGGCUAUUGUUAGAUUGUUCGAAGAAGACAGAACAGUCUGUGGUUUCAAUCUCGCUGGGUGCUCUGGUACAUCUGAUAGAAGUUGGGGGCCACCAAUUCACGGAUAGCGACUGGGAUACUCUGUUGUCAAGCAUACGUGAUGCGGCAUACACCACACAGCCUCUUGAGCUUCUCAAUUCAGUGGGUUUUGAUAGCACAAGAAGCCAUGCAACAGUAACGAGAUUGCCAACUCUCAAUAGUGAUGAAAGCCCUUCCCUGAAGCAUGGAAACUAUGGCAAAAUUGAAGUUCGCCCAUUUGGCAGUGGUGAGAAUGAGAAUGACAUGGACACAUCAUCACGAGGUAGUAGUAACAAUGGUUUUGGACAGCAUAAUGGUUCUCAUACCUUGCAAUAUGAUAAUCAAGGAUCAAAUUUCAAACAAAGCAUUGAGGAUUCCGAAGGUCUCCCUUCACCAUCAGGAAGGGCAGGAAAAUUAUCUCAAGCUGGAAACCUCCAACGGAGCCAAACCCUAGGUCAAAGGAUUAUGGGUAACAUGAUAGACACUCUCUUGCUAAAGAAUCUCACUUUUAAGUCCAAAGGUCGUCCUGGAGAUGUUCUGGUUCCUUCGUCUCCAACCAAGAUUCCUGAACCUAUGGAAACUGAUGACAAGGAUAGUGAAGAGAAUCCAUUGCUUCAAGCUGUUAGAGGAAAAUGCAUUACACAGCUGUUAUUGCUGGGAGCUAUUGACAGUAUUCAGAGGAAGUAUUGGAGUAGGCUGAAGUCCCCACAGAAGAUCGCUAUAAUGGAUAUAUUACUGUCUGUUUUGGACUUCUCCGCCUCAUAUAAUUCUUAUUCCAAUCUCAGAAUACGGAUGCAUCAGAUGCCUUCUGAAAGGCCACCUUUGAAUCUUCUUCGCCAGGAAGUGACAGGCACAGGAAUUUAUUUGGAUAUCUUACACAAAACUACAAUGAACUUCAUUUCUGAUAGUGAAAAUUCAGUUGGAAAUAUGCGUUCCUCUGUAGAUGAUUCGGCCCCAAAACAUGAUCCAUGUGAUACCGAAGCUGCUGAAGCAGAACAACUUAAUGACCUUGCAGAAGGAAAGUUGGUAUCCUUUUGUGGUCAGAUAUUAAAGGAAGCAUCUGACCUCCAACCUAGCACGGGGGAUGCUGCUAAUGUGGACAUUCAUCGAGUCCUUGAGUUGCGAUCACCUGUCAUUGUUAAGGUGCUGAAAGGGAUGUCCCUCAUGAACAAUCGGAUAUUCAGAAAGCAUCUUGAAGAGUUCUAUCCAUUGAUCACUAAACUAGUUUGCUGUGAUCAGAUGGAUAUUCGUGGAGCCUUGGCUGAUCUCUUCAACACACAGCUGACUUCCCUUUUACCUUAAUCUCUGAUCCCAUCUUCCAAAAUCACCCUUUGUUAGCGAAAGGCUUAUUGGCAUUGGCAUUCUGAUUGAUGAGGCUUCUUGGGCUAUCGAUUUCAUUGGAGAUAGAUGCACACCUUUGGAUCAAUUCCUUUUUCAUCCUCGUGCUUUCUUGCUGCAGAAUAUUUCUUGCUUCGUUAAUAGAGAGAUUUAUACAUUGAAAAAGAAGCCCAAACUUCCAUAGAAAGAACUAACCCCAAAGGGGAAGCUUCGAAGUGCAUUUUUCAAGAAGUUUUUGACUGGCACAUAUUGGGGUCCAAAAUUGAUAUUGUUUGGCCAAAGUAUAGAGAGGAUUGCUUGAGCUUGAGAGGGGUGAGAAAGUUGGUUGCUUGUAUCAUUUCGGAUUGGUGUUAGGAGACAUUCAAGCUUUGUGCUCAUUGAUUGCUCAUUGAAAUAGAAAUGCCGAGGGGAAUGGAUGGA